GGACAACGGGAGCACAACAGAGCUGGAGUGACACUGGUGUCCGUGCGUGCAAGCCAGGAGGCAGACAGACAUCUGGACCCACAGAAGUCGGGGGCCAGGACCCAUGGGGCCUACUGACCUUCAGGGCCAGACGUGGUUGGGAAUCCUGCUCUCAGCCUCACUGCUGACAUCAUGGACUCUGCUGGCUGCUGCCCUCGAUGCCAACCCACCGGACAGUGCCUCAAAGGCGCUGGCCACUCCCACCAUCACCGUCAGUCCCAGCAACCCCACAGAGCUGAGGGAGCAGGUGACCUGCCAGUGCUUCACCGCCGAGGCCAACGUGACUGUCAGUUGGAUCUUCAACAACCACUCACUGGUGCCCCACGAGCGCAUGCAGCUGUCAGAGAACCGCAGGAUACUCAGCAUCCUCGUGGUCCAGCGGGAGGACACCGGCAGCUACCAGUGUGAAAUCGGGGACGGGGUCCAGUCCAUACAGAGCAACGUUGGCUUCCUGAACGUCAGCUAUGGCCCGGACCCCAUUGAAUUCCACCUGGAUUCGGGCACGCUUGGCGAGAACGUGAUGGAGGUGCUGGAGGGCUCCACGGUGGCCCUGUCCGCUGACACAAAGUCGUGCCCGUCUCCCCUCUACAUGUGGUACCUGCCCAGCGGCCACAUCCUGCCAUCCUACAACCACACCCUCCAUCUCUCCAACGUGUCCCUGCAGCAGGGGGGCACCUACAGGUGCCUGGUGAACAACAGCGCCACCCAGCUGCUGCGCCUGGGCGCCCUGCAGAUCCGAGUCCUGGAAAGACUGACCAAGCCCCACGUGGUGGCCCCGAGCAGCAACCUGGCGGAGAACAAUGUCUUUGUGAACCUGCACUGCCAGACCCCCCACCAGCGGGCCGGGGUCCACUGGUACAUAGACGGCAGCCAGCUCCUCCUGCCCAGCGAGCGCCUGAAGCUGCUGGCCGACAACCGGACCCUGUCCAUCCAGGUCCUCCUGCGCAACGACACAGGACCCUACCAGUGCGAGGUCUGGGACGCGGGCGGCUGGGAGGUCAGCGACCCCGUCAGCCUGGUCAUCAACUAUGGCCCCAGCCUUGUGCAGAUCAGCAGCAACCUGGAGCCCUGGGUAGCGACAAACAGCAUAUCGGGGCCGCUCAACUCCAGCCUGAUCCUGCACUGUCGUGCUGACGACACCCUGCCAGCCCCCCAGUACCGCUGGACCUUUGAGGGUGCCCCCUGGGAGCACCUGGGGCAGCAGCUGGCCAUCCCGGCGCUGACCUGGGACCACCAGGGCAUCUACAACUGCACGGUCAACAACUCCUUGGCGCACCGCACAGCGCAGACCUUCGUGAGACUCUGGGUGACAGAACCCCCUGAGCCGGCGCUGUCUGCAGGGGCCAUCGCUGGCAUCGUCAUCGGGAUCUUGGGCUUCAUUUCCCUAGUCGCCGGGUUGGGCAUCUUCCUCCACUUCAGAAAAGCCAGGGCCUCAAGGAAGCCACCAGAGAGUUCUGUCAGCAAGGACGUGACAUCCCCCUCCGUGGAAGAGCGCCCCGUGGAGCCCAGCUUCAACUUGCCCAGACCCACGUAUGCCAACAUGACUGACCCUCCAAGACAGACCCGAUUCAGAAAGGAUCCACCACCAGACACCUCAGAACACUUGUAUGAGAAGGAUCUGCCCUCAGUAUCCCGUGGGGAUCAACCCCACACCCCCCUGAGGCCGCUGCCCAAGCCUGUGCUGCCAGCACCAGACCCCGUCCCUCCACAAGGAAACACAGAGUCUGACUAUGAGAUGCUGGUGAAUCCAGAAACCGACGCUGACAUUUACUGCCACAUCAACCCCAACAGCACCACAGUCUCCUUCAGUGCACUGGGGGCCGAGUCUGAACCUGGGUCGUGCGCAUAGCAAAGCAGCGCACUAGCCGAGUGAGCUAUUCCGUCAGCCCCAAGCAAAAGCUACUUAGUGAGUACACCACAGCAAGGUGUAAACAAAGCCACCCUCAGCCUCAGUGACUCACAGGACCCCAAAAUUGUUCUCAUGGUGACAAUUUAUCAUGUAGAAACUGGGUGGAGAAUCAGAUAAACAAAGGGAAAAGGAAAAGGAAAAGGCGUGUGCACUGGAGCAUGGACAAGGCUUGUUAGCUACUGAUUCAAUACACUAGUGGGUUUUUGUCUUUAUUCUUUUAUUUUUUAUGUUUUUAGCCGAGAACUGCUCAACUCUAGCUAAUGGGUGGUGCAGGGUAUUGAACCUGGGACCUCAGAGCCUCAGGCAUGGGAGUCUCUUUGCAGAACCACUGUGCUAUUUCUUUUCUUUUCUCUUUUUCUUUUCUUUCUUUCUUUCUUUCUUUCUUUUUUUUUUUUUUAACCAGAGCACUGCUCAGCUCUGGCUUAUGGCGGUGUGUACCUGGGAUUGUACCUAGGACUUUGGUGCUCAGGCAUGAGUCUCUUUUGCAUGCUGUUUCUUCUUUAUUAGAACACUGCUCAGUUCUGGCUGAUGGUGAUGCUGGGGAUUGAACCGGGGACCUCAGAGCCUCAGGCAUGAAGGGCUUUUUGCAUCCCCAUUAUGCUGUCUCCCCAGCCCUAAAAGAUAGUUUAAAAGGGUCUAUUCCGAAUGCUUUAAUGUCUGACUAGAACGGCACACAAAACGACAAAGCAAGUGAGCAGGAGGAAAGGCAGACAACUUGGUGCUCAGUUUGUCCCUUGUGAUCCCUGACCUGAAUCAGCAGCUCAGUCUGCAGGACCUGGGACUUUACAAGGCUGCCAGGAAGAGGUCAUUUGAGUAUCUUCUGACAUUGUCUUCCUGUGUCUCUAUAUGCCUUCAUGGAUUUCUCUGUAGCCCUUCCCAGCGUCUGCGGUGAAUAAAUCUUGAGUGUGA